CAUGGGAUUUGUAGUCCGGGUAUAUGUCGUACAGGUAAGAAGGUCCACUUCGGUUUCUGCUCCAGCUUGCCCAGCUGAAUGAAAGAUCCAAAUGAAUGAAUGGAUUAACUGACAUUAUAUUGCUAUUUUAGCUCGCCGGGUUGUGGACCAUCUUAAUUAAUUAUGCUAACACAUGAACAUGAUAUAUAUAUAUAGGUAUAUUUACUCCUUGUUCCUCUCUAGGUUUCUUCUCCUGCCUUCUAAGGAGUUUCCCCUUUCCACUUUGCAUCUACAUUGGUCUUUAAGGUUAAUGCUGUUUAUGGUGUCUUUAUAGCACUUUUUUUAUCUGCUAUCUGCUGGUGUAGAAACAACUUUAAGAAACAAGUGAAUUUAUUUAAUGAUGAAUAAUCAAACAGGUCACGGUCAGACCACACUGAAAUCGUGCCGGUGGAACAGGGGCAAUGGGAACUGCAAUUUGUAUAUUUUUUAUUUGAGCUUAAUUCUAACCACUUUCGCGAGUUCGUACUGCAUGUCAGAACAAACAGCAUGUGCAGUUACACAAAACAUCUCCGAAACUGCAACCGGUCAACACUGCCCACGGGGGCCCCCGACAUGGUCACCGUAUGGGCUUUUGCGAUGGUGCCUCGUCAAGUCGUGCACUUUGUGGGGAGUAGGGGGGGCCAUAUAGGACGGCGACCUAGUGGUGUUGGAAGCCGACCUGUUGACCUGCGUUGAAUACAGCUGGCAUGUCCUAAUUAAAUGGACAUGUUUGCCCGGUCCGAUCUUAUUGUGUAACCUUGCGAUGGCCGGAUGUGAUUAGUCAUGGCAAUUUGGGAAUUGAAACAGCCAGCGUGGUUCUAAUUCCGUCACAAAAGCCAUAUGGAGUCACCGGACAGGUUGUCGUGCCAAAAAAAUCUGCCUUUUUUUUUACCAUUACCUGGGUGGAUACAGAUUUGUAUUUAGGAAAGUAGGUAAGUAGAAUCUGGCAACAUGGGCAUUUUGAUAUUUUGUACAAUGAGAAUUGUACCAGGAUUGACCGUUCACCAUAUGUCAUAGACUCUCCGUGUCCCAGUUUUUGGGAGAAUUACCUGUCAUUGAGAAUUUGCACAUCCUAACGGUAAAGCGCAGGGCAGGCCUUAAAUCCAGCAUCACCCCAAAUAUACGCAGUACCAGUCAGUCUUCUGGACACCUACUCCUUCAAUGGUUUUUAUUUUUACUAUAUUAUGACUACUGAUACCAAAUGACAUGGUAUAGUAAGGAUAAGAAAGCCUGUUCUUUUUGGCUUUUUUGCUGGAGAACAGUUGGCAUUUUUACAAUUGUGUUAUUCAUAGUUUUAUCACUGGCCUUCAUUAUUUUCAGUCAGGGUUCUUUUUUUAUGCCUGUGCAGUUUCAUGGGAACUAGGAGCCUUUCACUGGUUUAACUUAAGACUUGCUGAUUGGACACACAAAGUGCGGGUCUGUCACGGUUGUGGUACAUGAAAGAAGGCGCAGGGCGGUGGAAGGUGAACAUUCCUUUCAUUUGGUCGACUUCAAACAACUCAAAACAAAACUACACACAACUGAGAACUGACAUGCAUACUGCACAAACAACAAUCCAGAGAUACACCUUAACUUAAAUUGGAUCCCAAAUAAGAGGUAACAUGGUUUUGGUUAUCCUCUAAUUGGUAUAACCAAAAACGCCUUGCUGAGAUGCCUAGAGGAACCCAUGCUGUCAGGCCCUGAACAUCACCCCCAGGCACAGAGAUGCCUAGAGGAACCCAUGCUGUCAGGCCCUGAACAUCACCCCCAGGCACAGAGAUGCCUAGAGGAACCCAUGCUGUCAGGCCCUGAACAUCACCCCCAGGCACAGAGAUGCCUAGAGGCACCCAUGCUGUCAGGCCCUGACCAUCACCCCCAGGCACAGAGAUGCCUAGAGGAACCCAUGCUGUCAGGCCCUGAACAUCACCCCCAGGCACAGAGAUGCCUAGAGGCACCCAUGCUGUCAGGCCCUGAACAUCACCCCCAGGCACAGAGAUGCCUAGAGGAACCCAUGCUGUCAGGCCCUGAACAUCACCCCCAGGCACAGAGAUGCCUAGAGGAACCCAUGCUGUCAGGCCCUGAACAUCACCCCCAGGCACAGAGAUGCCUAGAGGCACCCAUGCUGUCAGGCCCUGAACAUCACCCCCAGGCACAGAGAUGCCUAGAGGCACCCAUGCUGUCAGGCCCUGAACAUCACCCCCAGGCACAGAGAUGCCUAGAGGCACCCAUGCUGUCAGGCCCUGACCAUCACCCCCAGGCACAGAGAUGCCUAGAGGCACCCAUGCUGUCAGGCCCUGACCAUCACCCCCAGGCACAGAGAUGCCUAGAGGCACCCCAGCGGAUCUGACAGGAUCUAGACAGAGCAACCAUUUUAGAAAGGAGAAGAAAUGUAGUGAAUGACUGACAGAUGCACUAUAAACGUCAACUGAAGCAAUCAUUCUAUAAGUUAGGGAUUUUAGAAGGACAAGAAAUUGACUCGUGUGGACGUUUGUUGAAUCAAAAAUAACUCAUGUUAUGUCAACAAGGCAAAUUAUUUCCAGUUUGAUUGACAGUUGAUAAACAACAGACGUUGACAAACAACCGUACCACAGCAGAUUUUUCCACUUGUUGAAUUUGCAUAUAAUUUACUUUGACUGUGUAGUAUGAAAGAAAGGAAGACGGAAACGUGCCUGUAUUUUCUAUGUGUUGUUCCAGGAUUAGUGAGUUAAAUUUAACUAAGGUUCAUCCCUGAGUCUGCAUAGUACGUGGAUUAUCCUCCAGCUCACUCAGGCUGCGCUCAAAUGAAUGGAAGGGCAAGAUUAACCAGAGGAGAGGGAGCAGGAGAGGAGAUAGGAGGAGAGGAGUGGAAAGAGGAGGAGAGGAGUGGAUAGCUGGCAAUAUAGCUGGGAAUGAAUGCCGAUUUUCAACUCUCCUGCAUCCACUGGUAGUUGUUGUGAUGAGACAGAGCCGUAGAUACUAAACAUUGUGUGGGGGAGUAAAACUGGUUAAAGAAUAAAAAAAAAAUCGAUUUGGGAAAAUGCCAGCAUUCUCAUAUCCUGCUGUUGUUGUUCCAGCCUGGAACACUCAUGAACUACUUCCAGAAGUGUCCUGGUAAAAGGUACAUGUUACAUGGAUGAUAUCAAUGCAGGAAGCCCUGCAUUCUGUAGCCUACUGCAAUGACCCAGGUGGAUUUUUUUUAUUUGCUUUUUCUGCUCUCACUCUUUCUUCUGUCUUUUUCUCUCCUCGUUCACUGUCCUGAUAUAUCCCCGGCCUUCUCUGCUUCUACUUACCUUGAAGUCAACCUUGCUCACUUUCUCUUUCUCUGGCUCUCUGUCCCUGUUUUCCUCUCCUCUCUACCAACUCUCUCCCAAACACUCACCUUCU